AGUCUGCUUACAGAGACCAUGUGUUUCCUGCAUGUUUGUGGUUUGUGUACAUAGCAACUGCUUCAGCUGGUUCUUGAAAUACUCACUAGUCAGUAUUUUUAACAGUAUUUUGUUCAUCUGUAGCUUGUGCAUUAGUAGGUGUGCUGAAAAGUAUUUGAACAGUAAUAAUUUAUUCAUAAUUGGUUAUAGAGUUGUUUGCUUUACUUUCUAAUUCUUUACAGAAGUUUUUACAGGCUGGGAAUGUUGUUCACACUCUAGUGCUGAGUCAUGCUGAAAGAGAUAUCUGAACAGCAGAAGCAUAAAGCUGCAUAACCCAACAGGACACAGGAGGUAAAAAUAGCUACAUCCAUAAUGGCACAUUGAAAGUCUUUUACUACUAACAAAUGAAGCAGUCUUUCACGAGAAGAAUGAAGUAUAGUGACUUUUUGAGUCUUUCAAUUUAAGAAAUUAAAAUGUGUGGUUAGCAUUCGAUUAGUAUUCGAUAACUGUAUAUACUUUAAACUGCCCUGCCAGUUUACGUUAACUGCCGUAAUUUAUUAGCAAAUAAACAGUGGUAUUUUUGUGUAGGUCAGUUUGUAAAAAAGCUUUCAGUAUUGUUCAGAUCUUGAUGUAGACACAUGAAGAGAUAAUCUUCCUUGUUUGGAUAUUGUGGGUGUGAGAUUUAAUUCUGUUUGAAUUCUGUCUGGUUAUACAGUCUUCAGUAAGCCAAAACCAUUUCAGCACUCUGGAAGUGGGCCGUAACAUCAUUUUCCCAGCCAAAGUUAUUACAGCAGUUCCUGACUGGUAAUUUGAGCCCUGCAGCCCACCCUCUUUGCUAUGUACACACAGCCUCUAAUCUGUGACUCCUCUUCCCCUCCCCUUCCAGUCCCUCUGCAUGCCUAGAUCAUCUCCUGAUUUAGACCCUGCAACGCUACUCAGGGGGGGACUAGAGCACAGUUGGACCAUGGUUAUUAAAUGGCAGCGUAGUCAGUGAAGACUUCCUUCUGUACCCGUUACCCAGACUCAAUUCUGAGCCCCUGUUCACAGACAUGGACCCUGCCCUUGAGGUUCCCUUAAUGGAGGAUGAGGGACUUCUAAUGAAGAGUACAGCAGGGUUCUCCUCCGCUGCCUUUUUUCUACAGAACCUGCUCGAGAUCCUGAUACAGAUAUCUACACCAAGUUCUUCAUGAAGCACUGCUGCUACGAUGCCAUUCCAACCAGCUCCAAACUGCUCAUCUUGGAUACAACACUGAAGGUAAAGAAGGCGUUCUUUGCUUUAGUCGCUAAUGGAGUCAGAGCUGCUCCUUUAUGGGACCACAAGCAGCAGUGUUUCGUAGGAAUGCUUACCAUAACAGACUUCAUUAAUAUUCUCCACCGAUAUUACAAAUCACCAAUGGUUCAGAUCUAUGAGUUGGAAGAGCACAAGAUUGAAACAUGGAGAGAGAUCUUCCUUCAAUAUUCCAUCAACUCUCUGAUCAGCAUCACCCCUGAAUCCAGUCUCUUCGAUGCCGUUUACUCAUUACUGAAGAACAAGAUUCACAGGCUACCUGUCAUAGAUCCAGAAUCAGGAAAUGUUCUGCACAUUUUGACCCACAAGCGCAUCCUGAAAUUCCUUCACAUCUUUGGUUCCAUGAUUCCAAAGCCACGGUUCUUGCAGAAGAGAAUUGAGGAGGUUGAAAUUGGAACCUUCAAGGAGAUCGCCACAAUCCAGAAGACGGCCACGGUUUAUGAUGCAUUAUCAAUAUUUGUUGAGCGCAGAGUAUCAGCCCUGCCUGUUGUGAAUGAACAAGGGAAGGUGGUGGCACUGUAUUCCAGGUUUGAUGUCAUUAACCUGGCUGCUCAGAAAAAUUACAAUAACCUCAACAUGACCAUGCAAGAGGCAAUUGAGGGGCGUUUGUGCUGUGUUGAGGGAGUUCUAAAGUGUUACCCACAUGAGACCCUGGAGACCAUCAUUAAUCGCAUAGCUGAAGCAGAGGUUCACCGUCUGGUUUUAGUAAAUGAAGAGGAUCUGGUUAAGGGAAUUGUCUCGCUGUCUGAUUUGCUGCAGGCUUUGGUCCUGACUCCAGCAGAGAUCUCAUCCAAAGCAGACUAUGACCAUUAAGGAAAAUAUGCAUUGGAUCAUGGAUGAAGAUUUAAAUUGAAUAUACAUAAUCCAGACAUCUAUGUUUAGAUGUUUUAUGUUUUUUGAUUUUAAGCAUUUUUGUAUAGAUUUGUUUGUUACUAACUAUAAAAUAAAUGUCUGGUGUACUUGAAUGGCUACUUAAGAGAAGUCUGCAGUUGCUUCAUGUGUAUAAAAUGAAGGCCUUCCAGUUAGUUAUUUGCAGUAUUUGAUUACAUUGUACAAAUUUUACAUAUUCAUGGUCAGUAUUGUAUCUAUAGUAUUGCCAAUUAGUUUAUAUGUAAUUGUACACACAAACACAUUGUUAAAAUAUGUACUUAUAAUAAACAAUAUUGAUGUGUAUGAA